UCUGGCCGCCAUGCCACCUCCUCUCCUUCUCUUCUUCCUCCUCUUCCUUACCCCCGAGGGAGUCAGGCCCCAGGAAACAGUGCUGGUGAAUGCUCAAGAGGGAGGCAAAGCUGAGCUACCGUGUCUCAACAGUCCCUCAGAUGGUCCUCCUGAGCAGGAGGCCUGGUUUCGGGGGCUUAAGUCAGAUCUGGGCCACGGGCCCCAAGACGUGGUCAUCCAGAAGGGGUCCCUGGGCGUCCAGCUGCUUGUCUUCAACGUCUCCGACCAGAUGGGGGGCUUCUACCUGUGCCAGCUGGGGCCCCCUUCCGAGCAGGCCUGGCAGUCUGGCUGGACAGUCAGCGUGGCAGGCAGUGGGGAGGUGUUCCGGUGGAAUGCUUCGGCCUUAAAUGACUCAGGCUGCGGCCUGGGGAACAGGUCCUUGGAGGGCCCCAAGCCCUCUUCUGGCGAUCCCACAAGCUCCCAGCUGUACGUGUGGGCCCAAGACCACCCUGAGAUCUGGGAGACCGACCCUGAAUGUGCCCUGCCGAGGGACAGUCUGAAUCAGAGCCUCAAGCAAGACCUCACCGUGGCCCCUGGCUCCACAUUCUGGCUGCCCUGUGAGGUGCCCCCUGCCUCCGUGGCCAGAGGCCCCAUCUCCUGGACCCACGUGCGCCCCAAGAAGCAUAACAUAUCCUUGCUGAGCUUAAAUCUGAGGGAGGACGCCCCAGGCAGAGAGAUGUGGGUCCUGGGCACCCUCAGGGGAGGGGCUGUUCUGUUGCUGCCCCAGGCCACUGUUCGAGAUGCUGGCAUCUAUCGUUGUUACCACGGCAACAUGACCAUGGAGAUGCAGCUGAAGGUCAUUGCCCAGUCAGCAAUACGGUACUGGCUGCUGGAUACUGGCGGCUGGAAGGUCCCUGUUGUGCCAUUACUUUACCUGAUCUUCUGCCUGGGUUCCCUGGUGAGCUUUCUGCGACUUCGAAGAGCCCUAAUACUCAGGAGGAAAAGAAAGCGAAUGACCGAUCCCACCAGAAGGUUCUUCAAAGUGACGCCUCCCCCGGGAGGCGGGGCGCACAAUCAGUACGGGAACGUGCUCUCGCUUCCCACUCCCACCUCCGGCGCAGGACGUGCCCUGAGGUGGGCUGCAGGCCUGGGAGCCGCCGUCCAGUCCUACGGAAGCCCGCGCAGCGACGUCCCGGAGGUUGGAGCAGCCGGGUCCCGGAGCCCACCGCCCGCAGGCCCAGAAGAAGAGGAAGGGGAGGCCUACGAGGAGCCAGACAGCGAGGAGGGCUCCGAGUUCUACGAGAAUGACUCCAACCGCGGGCAGGAUCGACUCUCCCAGGAUGGCAGCGGCUAUGAGAACCCUGAGGAGGGAGCCUUGGGUCCUGAGGAUGCAGACUCCUUCUCCAGCGCCGAGUCUUACGAGAAUGAGGAUGAAGAGCUGGCCCAGCCAGUCACCAGGACGGCAGAUUUCCUGAGCCCCCAUGGGUCAGCCUGGGACCCCAGCAGGGAAGCAACCUCUCUUGGCUCCCAGUCCUACGAGGAUAUGAGAGGAAUCCUGUAUGCAGCCCCCCAAGUCCGCUCCAUUCGGGCCCAGCCUGGUCCCAAUCAUGAGGAAGAUGCAGACUCCUAUGAGAACAUGGACAUGGAUAAUCUCAGUGGGCCAGAACCAGCCUGGAGAGGAGGGGGUCAUAUGGGCACCUGGAGCACUAGAUGAGUCCCUCCAGCCUGGGCCUCCUUAGGCCCCGGAGAUCCAUACCUGAUUCUGAAAUCUGGGACCCUGAGCAAGUCAUCUGCUGGAGCAGCGAUGCCUCCGAUGUGUGUAUCUGUGUGUGUGUGUGUGUGUGUGUGUCUGUGUAUGUACCCAUGAAACUUUGGCUCCCCUUGCACUCCCCCAAUAAACUCAAUGACUUCUUCCGAUC